AUGUGCUGCUCAUCUAAAAAACCAAAGAGUGAAGUAUCUAAGGCUCCGCAAAGUUAAAUUCAAAAUCAAAGUGUAGUUCAUAACAACAACGAAUAAUCUUAUGUUUAAGGAAACACUAAACCUGUUGAAGUCAGAGAGGCCAACCUUUUACUUAGUCAAAUAGAAAGCCCAAGAUCUAAAUAACAAAAACUUUUCGAAAGUAAAGUCGAAGGAUUCAAGGAAAAAUAUGCUAAACUUCAACAAGAUUCUGUAGAAGUUCAAUACAAUCAAAAACCAGUUGAUCAAUUAAAAGUUUAACUAUUGAAGGAACAAUUAAUAGAUCUUCAAUUUCCCAAUAAUGAGAUUAAAGGGCCCUUGUUUUUGGAUGAUAAUAUCUCAAGUUACAAGUAAAGAGGUUCUGAAUUUGCCAACACUCUCAGAGAAUUAGAAGGAGAGAUAAGAAAUAUGAGAAUCAUACGAUAAACUCCUUACAAUUCAUACAGCUUUAUUGGGCAUUUAAAAGACAAAGGGAUGUAUUUUAUUAAGUGCUGGAACGGAGUUAAUUUACAAAAAUUUCACAAUUUUCUUAUUAAUCUUGGUAAACAAUAGCAAAAAGGGGAAUAUUACAAGAAAUAUCAUGCAUAUAAGGUAGAGCCACUAAAAGAAACUGAUUAAACUAGUCCGAUUGGUUCGAUGUAUCUUAUUUCAACCCUUGAAGAUCACAAUCUUUAUUCAUUUGCAGCAUCAACUCAAUUCAACAUUGAUUAGAAAUUCUAAGUAGCUCAUCAAAUAUUAACAUACUUGGAUUAAACAGAUUUGAGAUCCUCAGGAGGCAAUCAAUAAUUCUAGAAGAAAAUGAAAUUCGUUUCUCCUUCUAAUAUUUUAAUAUCAACUCAAAAAAAUAGAAUAGAUGUUAAGAUUUCAGAUUGGCAAUAGUCCCUCAAAGAGUUUAAUGAAAUUGUUCCUGAUAUAGAUUUCAAAAACUAGAAUUAUUCUUAUUGUAGUGACGAACCUGAUGAUUAACGGACUUAUUUGAUUAAAUUGCUACUCCUAUUAUUUUUUAGAUUGAAUUUAAAUCAAACUGAAUCAUUUGGUAAUCUUGAUGGUACUGAGCAAUUGUCUAGAUUUAUAGAUGUGAAGCAGAUCAAUGCAGACUCCAACUUUUAUAAGCAAUCAAAUUUCAAUAGAUUCAUUUAGAGUAAAAUUAAUUUAAUAGCUCAACCAAAUUAGGAAAGGUAUUAAAAAUUAUGGGAAGAAUUGAAAGAUAAGCAUAUAUAGGAAUUAUCAUUUUACAAAUUAGAAAAGAAGGAAAAUUGA